CGCGGAGUCCUUCUUUUGUUUUUUACAAACCUAACGUCAAGGAAUGGGCCUACAAUCACGUCAGGCAAUGGCGCACGGGCUUGAUUCAAGGCCCACCGUUGAGGAUUUUCGCGAAGACAGCGCGUGGGUGCAGUUAGCCAAAACUCAUUGGCUUGAGACAUCCAAGGUCCGGAAAGUCAAGCAGGAUGUCAUCAAGAAGGAUAUAUGGGACCCUCUCGAAGCGGAUAAUUUCAGCUUUCGCUCGCUUCUAACGUUGGAAAAUUUGAAUAUUUUAGAGAAGUUUCUCUGGCCGACCUACACAGAAGAUGCUUCGAACUACCAUGUAUUGCUGCUGGCGCUUAUUGUCACUGUCAAACAGCGAGAACAUCUGCCGAUAUGGGACAUCUUCUCUGAUCGACCGGAUGACUUUUCCAACCUUUUCCAUCGAAUUCUCUCCAUGAGCAUCGACCAGUCCCUUUCUACAUCGUCGCGCCUGUCCAUAGUAUCCUUUAUAAUCAGCUCCUUCCAAUCCCUCGAGAAUGUUUCGAUACGGAAGGAAUGUGCGCCUCUGGUUUCCAUUUCGAUUUGGCACAAUCUCUCGAGUGACGAUGCCCGAGAACAGCUGCUGGGAAAGGGCCCCACGCUGAAGAAAACGUGGAGAGCUGCCGCGAAGCGAUAUGAUGCAGCAGACGAAGUAACCAAAGCGAAAAUGAGGUUUGACCGGUCAUGGCUCUACACGAUGCUUCUCGAUUUUUUUCGGAGAUUGAACGGCGCCGAGAAAGACCAGGUGGAUAACCUGCGUUAUUGUGAAAGGUUUCUAGAAUUCCUAGUGGAUCUGGAAAGUCAACUUCCCACGAGACGAUAUGUCAACACAUUGCUGAAAGAUCUCAACAUUCUACCAGUCGUUCGUUUAUCGGAACUCUACCGAUCUUCAGAGAAUGAGCUAUUCCGUGACUUGUAUAAUCUCUUAAAGCAUUUUGCUACAUUCUCAAUUGACGAUUAUACAGGCGAGAGCCUGUCACCCCAAGCAGUGUAUGAUACCCACUGCCAGGAACUAGCGCACUUGCAGCGAACUUCCAUGAAAUACUUUAAGGACAAAUUAAUGAUCCUAGCUUUGUCGAAUUACGGUUCAAUUGAGCAACGUCCGGAGCUGGAAGGGCAGCUAUCUUCUUUGGAUGACUCUGAGCUCCGAAGCCUUUGUUCUCACCUCGGAUUUCGGACAGACUAUCCGAAACAGUGUCAAAUCACGCCUGAUCGCCAUCUAUAUCUAGAAAUACUCUUAUCCUUUUACGAGCGCAAGGCACCAUUUCAAGAUGUGGUAUCACGCCUAAGUGUUGUUCCGACAGAAGAAAACCUCUAUGACCCAGCUUUACUGCGGAAUGAAACCUAUGACGGAUCUAGGCCACUUGCAAUUCCAAAAUUGAACCUUCAAUACUUGAGCCUAGGAGACUUUCUAUGGCGCUCAUUCCUCUUGUAUCGAUCCGAAGCCUUCUUCCAAAUUCGCAAAGAUAUGGAAACGAUCGUCAAGCGAAUGCAGCCCCGAGCCAGUCGAGACGGCAAAAGCCUGACUUUUGAUGGGUUCUCCCGGAUGGCUAUCCCUAUUUCGAAACCUGCUAUCAUCGAGGUUGCGCCCCCGAAGGUUGGCUUCACAAACCCAGCUUUCGUGCGAGCCGAGAUCGUGAUUGAGGUUGGCAGGCUGGCAGACCACGUCCGGAUGGAAUGGGAGUCCCUCCGCCCCGACGACGUGGUUUUCCUUCUGGCUGUGCAGCCUGGCGCUGCAAACAAACUGGCGUUCCAGGACCCCACCUCAAUUGAUACCCCUAGCCUAACGCACCUCAGAACAGCGGAAAUUGUGCAGGUCCUUGAUGAAAAUGGCCGUCCAUUGCGCGAACCCGUUUCGGGGCAGACCAAUGGCCAUCGGUCGAGACCACGCGUCAGGAGACUUUUGGUUAAUCUUGACCCCGAUGCCUUCAAAACGGACAAAGAUCGCAGCAUGCAGGGAAAGCCAGAUAUUUAUCCGCUGGUCAACGUAGUCGCAAGGAGAAAGGGAAGGGAAAACAAUUUCAAAUCGAUACUGGAGACUAUGCAAAGGCUCAUUGUCUCCGAUAUCACUCUUCCUUCUUGGCUGCAAGACAUUUUUUUGGGUUAUGGGGAUCCUGCAGGGGCCCAUUACACAGAAUUGCCGAACAGACUUAAGUCGGUCGAUUUUCGCGAUACGUUCUUGGACUGGCAGCAUCUGGUCGAAAGCUUCCCGGGGACAACAAUUGAACCUUCUGGCGAGGAGACAUCAAGCUUUGGACCGCCUUAUGUGCUCGAAUAUGUUGAAGAUUCCCAAAAAACGCCUUCUGCGAAUGCCUCCAAGAAGCGGCGGAGAGAUCAAACCGAGAAGGAAAAAUCACCCUCAUACUCACUUCGUGUUUCGACAUAUAAGCCACCUAACCCAGGCCCGUAUCCUGUCGAUGCGCCCAAACUAAACUCUGUCCGCUUCACACCAGCUCAGGUGGAAGCUAUCGCAUCUGGGACACAGCCUGGGUUAACUAUUAUCGUCGGACCUCCCGGAACUGGAAAGACGGAUGUUGCAACGCAAAUCAUUAAUAACAUUUACCAUGAUUUCCCUAAUGAGCGCACGCUGUUGGUUGCGCACAGCAACCAGGCGUUAAACCAACUUUUCCAGAAGAUAGUUGCACUAGAUAUCGACGAACGCCACCUUUUGCGCCUUGGUCACGGCGAAGAAGAGUUGGAGACCGAGUCAAGCUAUAGCAAAUAUGGCCGGGUUGAAUCGUUCCUCGAUAACCGCGCUCAUGGAAGCACCUGCGAGACCGCCGGGUACUUCAACACUGUAUACAUUCAGCCUGCAUGGGCAAAAUUUUGGGAUCAGGCCCGCACCGAAAAUAUCUCUCUCGAAGAGAUCAUUGCAGCUUUCCCAUUCCAUGCUUACUUUUCCAAUGCCCCACAGCCCGUAUUCGACCCUUCAGGCCCUAAAGAGGCAGUGCUAGAUGUAGCAGAAGGUUGCCAGCGGCACAUUGACAAGAUAUUCUUUGAGCUAGAAGAUAUUCGACCAUUUGAGAUCUUACGGCAACCAAAAGACAAGGCUAAUUACCUCCUAGUGAAAGAGGCCAGGAUCAUCGCAAUGACAUCCACACAUGCAGCAAUGCGCCGCCAGGAGAUUGCCGAUCUUGGCUUCCAUUAUGACAAUGUUGUGAUGGAAGAAGCCGCACAGAUCACAGAGAUUGAAAGCUUCAUUCCCUCCGCCUUGCAAACAAUGAAGGGUGGCCAACUCCCAUUGAAACGCGUGGUACUCUGCGGUGACCAUCUCCAGAAUUCCCCAAUCAUCCAAAACCUUGCGUUCCGGCAAUACGCACAUUUUGAACAAAGUCUCUUCCUUCGCCUGGUAAGAUUGGGUGUCCCUGUAAUUACGCUUGAUCAGCAGGGUCGUUCGAGACGUAGCAUCGCAGAACUAUUUCGCUGGCGUUACAAGCAACUGGGAGACCUAUCAGUUGUUGAGACAGCCGAUGAGUUCAAGCAGGCGAAUGCUGGGUUCCAGUUCGAUUACCAAUUCAUCAACGUUCCUGAUUACCAGGGCACGGGUGAACGGGAACCUGCACCUCAUUUCAUUCAAAACCUGGGCGAAGCAGAAUACGCCGUAGCCCUCUAUCAAUACAUGCGGUUACUUGGCUACCCAGCGUCGAAGAUAUCCAUUCUUGCUACCUAUGCGGGACAAACAGCGCUGAUAAAGGAUGUCUUGAAUCACCGCUGCGCUAAGAAUGCCUUGUUCGGCAUGCCGAAGAUCGUGACUACCGUGGACAAGUAUCAAGGCGAACAAAACGACUAUGUAAUUCUAUCACUCACACGGACUCGUACGGUUGGUUACCUACGUGAUGUCCGUCGCCUAACGGUUGCACUUUCUCGUGCCCGUCUUGGUCUCUACAUACUCGGUCGGCGCGAGGUAUUCGAGUCGUGCUAUGAGCUUAAGCCAGCAUUUGACAUAUUAUUCCAACGCCCUGAUAAGCUCAUGCUUGCUCCAGGCGAAAUGUUCCCAACUGCACGAGCGCUGGGCGAUGAGGUUCAAGGCACACCGAUGGAAGGAGUGGAACAUCUUGGCCAGUAUGUGUUCGAAAUGACUCAGGCUAAGCUCAAGGCAAUAGGAGAGCAAGACAUCAUGGUUGAGGACGCGAUGCCGAAUGGUGAGGAGGGUCUAAUGGAUGAGGACGAGGUCAUGCUUGGUGCAGGUGAAGAACAAGAUGAAGACCCUCUACACGAGCAUGUCUUCACUGGAGCGUAG